AUGUCAACCAAGCAGCGCAUGCGCCUCGGAGCAGCCGACGCAUCAACACCAGGUUCAGCGCGCAAAAGAGGAAGACCAUCAGGUACAGGUGCCGGCGCAGGAAAGACAACACCCAGCAUGGGGCCAAAAAGAGCUGGAAAGCGCGUCAGUUCGGGCGUAGAGCCAGGCGAUCCUCUCCCCCUCCGCAAGAAACGCAGAUACAAGCCCGGCACGAAAGCCCUCCUCGAAAUACGAAAAUACCAAAAGUCCACAGAUCUCUUGAUGCAGAAACUACCGUUCUCUCGUCUUGUCCGCGAAAUCGCUCUCGGUCUCCGACCAGCUGGAUUCGGUAUGCGCUGGCAAUCGCAAGCUAUACAGGCGCUGCAAGAAGCGAGCGAGGCUUUCCUCGUUCAUUUAUUUGAAGACACUAAUUUAUGUGCGAUUCACGCUAAGAGGGUUACGAUUAUGCAAAAGGAUAUACAACUUGCGAGGAGAAUUCGUGGUGCUUGGGGUGGGUUGGGUUGA